AUGGACCAGUACGCCGAGCACUGGAAUAGCACGCUAAUGGGACAGGAUUUCUGGAAAACCGCCAGCCUGGUGGAUAACGAAGAGAAACACGAAUAUCCUCGGGGGGUUGGUCUUUCUGCGCUUCACAUUGCAACUGAUACAUCCAGCUUGGAUACAGACCUAUCCAAGCGCUUUCCAUUCAACCAGGAUCUCGAUAUGGAGCAGCUCCCACGCUCCCCGGACAAUGAACUGUUCAAAGAACUGCCAGCUCUCCCACUGAGUCCACUGAUGGAGACUCCAUUUACAGAGUCUCCCAUCAAAACUCCAAAGAAGGAACACCGUCGCACCGUUAGCAUGUCCGAAGCUCCCAGAACGCCUCUCCAGCGCUUCAGUUCCUUGGCUCAUUCGCCGCGCCUUCAUGGCCUGGCUCGCCGUGCACGCUCCCCAUCCCCUCUGAAGAGGUCUGCACCUGUAACUCCCGUUGGACCGCGUUUCUGGUCUGUUAAGACGUCUGCGCCUAAUACUCCCGCGCCCCGUUGGCAGUUGCUUUCGCCGCUGAAGAGGCCCGAGUCUCCGACAAAGACAAAGACAACCGUCGAGACGGUCGAGGUACCCGAGUCACCUACACCGUCGCCCCGUCUGGCAUCGGUGUUCGUCAACAUUGCUACGCCGGCAAAGCCACUCGUUGAGUUUCGUGGUGGUCCAUCUUGGCUUUCCCUUCCUCGGGACAAGUCAACGCUUGGACUGGAUCUGUUUCGGUCCUGUGCUCAUAAUCAAGAGGGAACCAACUGCCUUGAUAUUAUGGAGCUGAAACCCCUCUGCCAGUUCCGUGGCUUACGCUCUCUCAAACUCGUUGGCAUGAUGCAGUCAUAUCAAACCUACAUCUGGCAGGCUGCCUGGCUGAACCUGGCCCUUGAUGAACUGGAGCUGGGAAUGGUCCUGAAGCCUGAGAUUAUCGACCUGACGCAUGGUAGUCAGUGGAGGCCGAUCCGAGAAGGAUGGACAAUGGACGAGAAGCAAAAUGCUAAGCCUUCCUACUAUGGCCACCUCGGCGACGGCGAACUACACUCCAGCAUCGGCUACGGCGAGUACCUCGACAAACACAGCAUCGAAAAAGCCAAACUCCGCGCCCAUGCUAUUGCCCGGACCAGCCAAUACCUCACCAUCGAGACUCUCACGCUGUCCGGAUUUGUCGUGGAUGCCGACCCUUUCCUGCAAUGGUUCGACCCCGAGAGGUUGCACAGCAUUCAUUUCAAAGGCGAGUGCAUCGAUGCCGGCUUCUGGUUGGCCCCGGCUAUGCAAAAGGUUACUGUUCGAUGCCCUCGGAAGAUCGAUCUCGAGGAUGUGCCUGUUGGUAUCCUCACGCUGAACCUGCAGAAGGAUUUGAAGGUUAUCGAAUUGAAGGAUGGGAAGAAGGUCAAUGAGAUGGUGUAUGGUGACUCUGGGGUUGUGCUGGGUCGUUUGUGA